ACACACAGUGUUUCUAAAUCAGUCUAUUUAUACAACCCGAAGACAAUUGGCAGAUUUGUUAUUGUUAUUUAUGGAAUAACUACAACAUCCAGAAAGAAUGUCUCAACCGAUGCCAAUGCCGUGCGGGGCCCACUGCGGGACCUACUGCCACCCUCACUGCCUCUACAACAACAACGGCGGGUCCACCGUAACAGUCGUCGACCACAACCCCUGCUACCCCCCACCUCCCCACUACCCCCCUCAUCAGCACCCGAACUACCCACCACAGUGCCCGCCGCAGUACCCACCACAAUACCCGCCAGGUUGCUGCCCACAUCACCCCAAUUACCACCACACUACGUGCCCCUGCCAUCAAGCUCGCUAAAGUAGACAUCUGUGAUAUAGAUCUUUUUAUUUGAUGUGUUUUUUAUUUAAUAAUCAAUUGAGAAUGUUUUAAUACUAUUAUUUCUAUAUUUAUUUACCAAGAGUUAUAAGAACUGAAAAUGUUUGUAUAAAUAAAUCUUUAAAUACCUACCUAUGGUGUUGUGUCAAUUACUAAUAAGAAUUUAUAAAAACACACUCACAAGAACAACUUGUGUACUUACAUAUUCACUAAACUUCAACAUUGUAACAAUAAAAUGCCAAUUUUUGGUAAUUUCAAGUCUCAACUUAGUUUCGUUCGUGUAAAGGUAGUUAUUUUAAUAAUGAACUGUUUUAUAUGCCAUGGUAAGAAUAGGUAAAUAUAAGUUUUAUUUACUGUAAACAUAGAUAACUUAUCAUUGUAAAGAUUAGAAUUGGUCAUGCCAAAGUAUUUUCCGUGUUGAUAUAAUUAUCUUAUCAGUUCACAGAAAAGGCUGAUUUACUAUGACUUAAAACUAUAGUAGGUAUGUUUAUAUAACUUUCACAUUCACAAUUUCACAUCGAACUUACGAUGAAUGAAUCAUUGUCUGAAGAUUGUAAUCGUUGAAUAAUAUAAUAUUUUGAUGGAAAAUCCAUAUUUUUCUAAAUCUAUGUUGUAUGUAAUAACUUGACUAACAUAGCUGAUUUAAAACAGUCAUUAUAUGAUCUUAUUCUACAAAAUACUCUAAGUAUACAAAUCUAUCUUAUCAGUUCAAUGGAAAAGCCCAAAGGUACGGAACUAUGGAAUGAUUAAUUCUGUGACUUGUGACUUUAACAAUAAGGUUUAAUGUCUACUAAAGUUACUAUUCAAUAGUAGGGUAAUAAAUAUCGAUUAUUAGAUGUACAUAAUACACCGACCAUUCGGCAAUGGUUCAGUAUCUGAAAGAUUGUUCAGAGAACUAAUCGUUGUUCUCUCUCUAAAGAGUUUAGAAGUUAAUAAGAAAACCACACAGCUAUGCCGCCACCACCACCAAACGGGCCUCCUCCACAUGGUCCUCCCCACCACGGGCCACCACCUCAUGGUCCACCUCACCACGGGCCUCCUCAUCAUGGGCCACCACCUCAUGGUCCACCACACCCACCCCCGCCACACCACUAGCAGACUGGAAGUGGACUGGACCAAUAUGAAGAAGAACAAGAGUUCACAUAAUAAGUUGCUUUAAAAAUUACUUUUAAUAUAAAACGUAUAGAUAAAAUAAACCUCACAAACACUGGA